AGCAACAUCCUCUAAAGCGCCCGCGUUGUACUGGUUUCUGUAGUCACAAUGGCCACCAUGAUGCGCUGCAACGUUACCCGCGCGGCCGCGCGCCCAUCGCGCUCUGCUGUCGUUGUGCGCGCCAGCGCUGAGCAGCCUCGCCGCGCUGUGCUGGGCCUGCUGGCUGGCGCCGUCGCUGGCGCUCUGCUGGCUGCGCCGCAGCAGGCAUCCGCUAUCAAGAUUGCCUCCCAGGAGUUCACUGGGGGCAUGGUGGUUGGUGGCGGCAGCUCGCCUAAGAGCCCCACCCACGCCACCUCGUCGGGCUACGUCCAGGAGGGCACCCGGAAGCAGGGCGUGUCCAUUAAGACCAAGAAGAAGCUGCUGGCCAAGCUCCGCAAGGAGGCUGAGAAGGAGUCCAACCUGUCCUAAACUGUACGACGGAACGUCAGACAGUCGUUGCAGCCGCGAGCUGCAUGGCGGGAUAGUGUGACUGAUGCGGCUGGCGCACAUGCCUCCUUAGCAAGGACUUGUACCGGCAGAAUCAGGCAGUCAUAGCAUCGGAAUUGGUGGUCUAGACUGGGCUAGCCAUGUCGUGAUGGUUAUAACUGUACGACAUUGGUUUAUAGUCCGGGGCUGCAGCAACUAUGUGUACGGAAUCCGCCACAUGCAUGGGCCAGCGAUCCAUAGAGGAAUGGCGACAUGCCUGGAUGACAAACGCAUGUUGCAGUGCAGAAGAAAGAGAGAAGAGAACCAGGGUUCAUAGUACUAGCCCGUUUUUGCGCGUGUGUUUUCAUUCGUUUUUCAUGGUCGGGCUUUAAGGAAACUACAUCCGCUUAGGAUCGUGGCGCAUAUGUAAGUGCUUUGCCUUAUCUCGGCGUCAUGUCUUGUUCUGGCAAAGCUUGCAAGGCAGGUGGGCAGCCAGGACCCGAAGGGGAGCCAGGCCCUCAGUUCUGGAGGCGCGUCCCCGUGUAAUAACAGUGCCCUGCGG